AUGGUAUGGAUCCAUGGUGGUGCACUUGUUAUGGGAACGGCUUCCAUGCAUGAUGUAUCUAAACUGGCAGCUACUGAAGAAAUAAUAAUUGUUGUUAUCCAGUAUCGUUUGGGUAUCCUUGGCUUCUUCAGCACUGGAGACCAGCACGCCAGAGGCAACUGGGGCUACCUGGACCAAGUGGCUGCCCUACGCUGGGUCCAGCAGAAUAUCGCCCACUUUGGAGGCAACCCUGGCCGGGUCACUAUUUUUGGUGGGUCAGCAGGUGGCGUGAGUGUGUCUUCACUUGUUGUGUCCCCCAUGUCCAAAGGACUCUUCCAUGGAGCCAUUAUGCAGAGUGGAGUGGCCCUGCUGCCUGACCUUAUCUCUGACACAUCUGAGGUGGUCUACACAGUGAGUGCACUCUACACUACCAGCCCUUACUUUGCUGCUUCUGGCCUUGCUUGUAGUACUCUGGUAUUCUGUUAAUUGGGGAACAAGGCACUGACCCUUAAUGUCCCACAGGUCUUUGUUAUGAUUCCUGGUGUGGUGGAUGGGAUGUUCCUACCUAGGCACCCUCAGGAGCUGUUGGCCUCUGUGGAUUUUCAGCCUGUCCCCAGCAUCAUUGGUGUUGACAGUGAUGAGUGUGGCUGGGGAAUCCCCUUGGGCUUUGAUCCUGUCAUAAAGAACAUAACCAGAGAUACCCUGCCAGCUAUUCUGAGAAGCACAGCAGCACAGAUGAUGCUGCCUCCUGAAUGUACUGAACUGCUAAUGGAAGAGUACAUGGGGGACGUUGAGGACCCCCGGACCCUCCAAGCACAGUUCAGAGAGUUGAUGGAGGACUUCAUGUUUGUGAUCCCUGCACUCCAAGUAGCACAUUUUCAGUGUUCCCAUUCUCCUGUCUACUUCUAUGAGUUCCAGCAUCAGCCCAGCUUCAUCAAGCAUGUCAGGCCAUCCUACGUGAGGGCUGACCAUGGUGAUCACCUAGCCUUUGUCUUUGGCUCCUAUUUCUGGGGCAAGAAAGUUGACCUCACUCCAGAGGAGAAGCUGCUGAAUAGGAGGAUGAUGAAGUACUGGGCCAACUUUGCAAGACAUGGGAACCCAAACAGUGUGGGUCUACCAUACUGGCCCGAGUUGGCCCAUGAUGAGCAGUACCUGCAGCUGGACAUUCAGCCUGCUGUGGGCCGAGCCCUGAAGGCCAGAAAGCUGCAGUUCUGGACCAAGACUCUGCCCCAGAAGAUCCAGGAGAUAAAGGGGACUCAGGUCAAGCAUGCAGAGCUUUAGUGUCCUGUGACAGGAAAGAUGUCUGGAAUGAAGAUGGGGUCAUCCUGAGGUUACAAAGUCCAUUGAUUUAUCCUUAUUUGUUUCAACACUAGCAUAAGCAUUUCUAACCUCAGCAUUUGCACUUUCAGCCACAUAUGACAAAUCCUCUGUGUGUUGCUCCUUAUCCUUCUGGAUACAUUUUAUUAGACUCAGUAAAUACUCUUCUAACCAUAUAAAUGUGUGAGCCUGAAAGUUCCCUCAUCUUAUUUAACACUUCACUGUGAAGGCUUCUCCCUUCCUUUCUUCCUUCCAUUCUUUCUUCCUUUACUCCUUCCUUGCUUCUUCCCUCCCAUCAUCCUCUCCCCAUCCUCUCUCUCUCUCUCUUUUUUCCAAGCCUCAGACAUUCUUCAAAUGAAGCAGAAGCUUCAGGCACUGUUAACUGUGGGAAAUUCCAUGUCCUUUCUCAACAAGUUCAUGUUUUUUUCAUAUUUGUCCAUUGCCAAUAGAAAACCUGAUUUCCUCAAGCCCCAUUUCCUUCAUAAGUCACAAUGCUGUUCCCAAUAGAUAAUAAACCACCAACUGGACUCUUA